UUUCGCUCGGUGCGGUUCUGUCAGGAAACCAGAAGCGGAAAAAGUGGCGUCGUGUGAGCUCAGGUGGAAAAAUCGCCGUAGCUGUUGCGUGCCGUGAUGCGUGCGUAUAAGCGAUAGCGCAUCGACGGACACGGACACAUUGAAAAUCAGCUGACCGACGUGGAGUUCGCUGCCGGUCGCGAGACAAGGUCUCUUCACCCUCAUUUCGUUGCGGUUUGUCGGCCCGAGCAAGCUGCACUUGAGUUUCAUCUAGUGGGCAGUGAUUCCAGAUCCUGGUCAUUCCAGAUCCCCCCCCCCCCCCCCUCUGGAUAGUGAGUGUGUGGUGCAGUGGCACACUUGAUUAUGUAAAGCCGAAACGUGUUUGACCACCAGAAGUGUGUGUGUGUGUGUGUUUAUGUCCACACAUCGGUCGGUGCAUCAGUGUGAACUAUUAGCCGCUUAAACAAUCACCGGCCGAGAUUAACUCUUUCAAGGGCUGGGCGGAGAAGGCGAAAAGAGGUCACUGACGGCGGCGGCGACGAUGACACUUUUUUUUCGUAAGCAGAGGGCCGCGCGUGACAGUGGCAACAUCAAAUAAUCCAAACCCAGUCUGUGGUUCCGCCUGUGCGUGCGUGUGAUAAUGCAAUUGGGGCCAAAGUGCGCACGAUUUAAGGGUUCGGGCGGAAUCGGAAACGCGAACGUGCGACGAGUGUAGUGUUGGCUGGCAAUGUGUGCUGUACUGUACGCACAAGCAAGGGAAUUACAAACACUACAACCCCAGUGACCAGUGACGAAAUCGGGAGGAAACGAAUCAUAUUGGAAAACGAAACCGAAGCAAGAAAAAAAAUACGCAAACAAAAUCUCCUCCAUUGUAAUAUGCAGUGCCACGUGAGUUGCAGCGAGUUCGUGCACCGUCUAAUCUACAGAGAUUGCUGCUGCUGAAUCAGCCAUGGCGGAUAGAAACGGAAACAUGAAGGGAUUCCAGCUACAGCAACAGCAGACUCAGCGUACCAAAGCACCCGACGGAGGCUGGGGAUGGAUGGUCGUAUUUGCCUACGGGCUCGCCAACAUUAUGAUCGUGCCGGUGUUGCAAAGUUUUGGGCUAAUCUUCCGCGACACCUUCCGGGAGAUCGACAUUUCGGCCACGAAAGCGUCGAUCAUCAUCAAUUUGGCUUCCGCCGUCGGGAUGGCGCUCGGUUUGUUCAACGGUCCGCUGCUACGACGGUACGGCUUCCGGAAGCUGGCCGUUGCCGGUGGGUUCCUGUUUUCCGCCGGCCUCAUGCUCACCUCCUCGGCCGUACAUUUCGCGCACUUCAUCAUUACGUACAGUAUUAUAUCAUCUCUCGGGAUGGGAUUCUGCAACUCGUCCUUCUCGCUCGCACUAAACACAUACUUCGUGGUGCGCCGUAACAAGGCGGCCGGCAUUGCGAUGACCAUCACCGGGCUCGGGCCGAUACUCCUGCCCCAGUUGGUGUCCCUGCUGCUCACGCUGUACGGUGCCCGGUACUGUCUGCUGAUUAUCGGUGCACUGGCCACCCAUAUCAUUGCUGGUGCGUUGCUACUCCAGCCCGUUAAGUGGCAUACCUUGCCCGCACAGUCGCCGCCACCAUCCGAUCAGCAGGACGCAAUGUUGGCCUGCCCUCCGCUUCCGGAGGUAAAAAUCGUCCCAAUCGAGUUCGGUGCCGAUGACGGCGCCGAUGAAGCGAAGGAAGAGGACGAGUUUCUCGAGAAGGGCAGCUACAUCGAUCACGAUCUCGAUGCGCAAAGUGUUUACGGGUUCGAGCUGACCUCACAGAUACGGCAGCGGGAAUCGUUCUCCCAACCGCCGGGAGGUUUCAUAUCCGCUGCACCCAGAAUUCAGCGAGCGAAAAGUGAAGUUCUUGCACCCGCUCAGCAGUGUGCGUUGGAGACGCGCUCGCUCAAGGUGGAAUCAUCCACCGCCCGCCCGUUACGCUGGUUCCAGUCGGGAUCGGCAGAGAGUGUCCAUCUCGGCAGCUCGCUCACCAUGUGGGACGAUCGUAACUCGUCGCUUACGCUGGCCGAGGAGACGCAAUCACAGCAGCAGCGACGUCCAUCGCAGCGGCGCUUUUCGAGCUACAUCAAUGUACGGUUUUCGCCGCUGCCAAAGCGUUGGUUCGAGGGAUCGGCCGACACGGUCAAUCUCGGCAGUUCGAUGAAAAUCUUCGACGAACGGUACGCCGGACCACGGCGCGGUUCCCUCGGUAGCGGCGUUGCACUGGGUGGUGGUGGUGGUAAGCUACCGGCACUCAGCGAAAACCAGGGCCUUACCGAUGAGGCCACCCAUCUGCCGACGAUCGUGCGGCAGCUCGAAAAUACCAAAGAUACCUCACCGCCAAACGAUCGGCCCGCUGCUGGGGGCGGUAAGACGGACGGAUUCUUUGCCAAAGUGGUCCACCUGUUUGACCUGACGCUGCUGCAGGAUAAAGUGUACCUGAACAUGAUGCUGGGCAUGUCGAUAGCGGUGUUUGCGGAGAUUAACUUCUCCCUGCUGACGCCGUUCAUCCUGGGCGAUCUCGGGUACAGCACGGAGCAGAUCGCCUCGAUCAUGUCGACGCUGGCGUUGGCCGAUCUGCUGUUCCGCUUCAUCAGCCCGUUCGUGGGCGACUACCUGAAGCUGACCCCGCGCAUCAUGUACAUGAUAGCGCUGGCGAUGCUGAUCGUGACGCGGUUUAGCAUCCUGCUCGCCCGAUCCUACGACGAGAUGGUGCUCGUAGCGUUCGGGCUGGGCGUCGCCAAGGGCGUGCGAUCGGUGUACAUGAGCCUGGUCAUACCGAGCUACAUACCGCUCAAGCGGUUGCCGUCCGCCUCCAGCAUACAGAUGACCACCAACGGGAUCGUGCUGAUGACGAUCGGGCCGUGCGUGGGGCUGCUGCGCGACUGGACCGGCAGCUACUCGAAGAGCAUCAUUCUCAUCAACGGAUUCACGAUAGUGACGCUGCUCAUGUGGAGCGCCGAGCUGAUCUACGUGCAUCGGUGUCAAAACCGUGCCAAACAGAAAGUACCUCCCACCGACAAGGGACCGACGAUUGUUGUUUCUUGAUAUUUGCAAGCUACAUCGCGCCGAAAGUGUGUUCUCAACAGUGCUGUAACAAUAAAACUAAAAAAAAACCUCUACCUACCGCAGUCAAUGCAAAACAAAGCUUUUAAAAAUUACAGUCUUUAUAUUUUUUUCUUAACAUUUUCUGUCCACUUCCGUUCCGUCCACAGGCGCGUAACGGGCAGCAAUGAGAGCUGUACAGGAUCGCUGCAUCGCGGUUAGCGAUAUCGGAUAACGAACGAUAUUGAUUCGCACGCAAGCUUCCGUUACGCCACGUAUUCGUUUAAAUUUUAAAACCACAAGCUGCUUAACCGACACAAUUAAUACACGUUAUCAGCGGGUGGUGGGGGGAUGAAAUCUUGCGUUGCCUUUGAAAUGUCCCCACCUCGUUACACACUCACAUACUUUGUAUUAUUUUGCUAUUUCGUGCGCGAACGAUCAUGACGGACGCGCACCACAUUGCGCAAACAUGGCGCAAAGACAAAUUGUUUACUCGCGUACUACUAUCUAAGGUUUGGUUUCCUCAGUGCGCUCGCUUUUAGAUAACUUUUCGUGACGCAGGUGACGAAUGAUGAUUGUUCGCUUUAGCAUGUUUGCAUUUUGCUUUUAUUAAGCUAGUAUCAAAAUGCAUGCUUUAUGUUUUGCUUUCGCUAAGUGCCACCUCCUCCCCCACUCCCCAUUCGUAACAGCCGUGUAGUAACAACACAAUCUCUAUAGCGGCCUUAGUACACUACACUACAAUUCGGUUACACCUUCCGUCUCUCACCAUGUGUUAAUGCAUUUUUGCGUGUUUAGUUACGGCAAAAAGAAGUAAAACAAACACAAUACCA